CUAUUCGGUCACUAAACAGGAGUCUUUGCUGACCCCACACGAUGAACCCUACGAGGAGGACUGCGAUGACCCCAGGAGCCACUUCAGAUGCACCAGACACAAGAGCGCCUACCGAGUGACCUACCACGUAGGGGUACAGACCGAGUAUCGCAAGCGGGCACACUGUUGCCCCGGGUAUUAUGAGAGUCGGGGCGUCUGCGUGCCUCAAUGUGCCCAGGAAUGUGUGCACGGACGAUGUCUCAGCCCUGACCAGUGCCAGUGUGCGCCCGAAUGGCGGGGGCAGGACUGUUCCAGUGACUGCUCUGCCCUGUACUGGGGCAGGAACUGUAGUCAGAAAUGUGCGUGUAGGAACGGGGGACAGUGUGACCCUCUGACUGGCCGCUGUUCCUGCCCCCCCGGUUACACCGGCCUGGUAUGCGAAGACCCCUGUCUCCCGGGGACCUACGGGCAGGGCUGUUCGGGACUCUGCCAGUGCCAGAACGGGGCACGGUGCGACCGGGUCACUGGAGCGUGCGACUGCGUCAACGGGACGAUUGGCGGACUCUGUGAGCACCAUUGCUCGGAAUCGGGAGGCGAGGGCGAGUGUGGCCCUCCAUGUCCGUGUCAAAAUGGCGGCAGCUGUCAACCUGGGGGAGGCCCGUGCCUCUGCCCUGCAGGCUGGAUGGGGGAAGUGUGCACUCAGCCCUGUCCCCACGAUCGAUUCGGGGUAAACUGCAGCCAUCAGUGUCACUGCCACAAUGGGGCACAGUGCGAUCCCACCACCGGCAAAUGCAGCUGUGCUGUUGGCUACACAGGAGUGAG